ACAACAAUAACAGGAAGUUCCAUUUCUAUCAUUUUUCAAUUUGAGAUGGGACGUUAAAGGAACAACCGAUUUGUCGGGAUAAGGGACGGGGAACUUUAUCCUAAGCGAAAACAGAGAGCCAACAAGGGCAUAGGACUCAGAAAAGAUGACCACAGCUGAGAAGCUGUACUGGCGGCGGAAACUGCCGCCAGGCUUUCAGUUCUACAUGGAAUCUCUGGCCCGUAGUGUUAUCGGAACUAACCCAGAAUCCAUUUACGAUUAUGCAGCCGUGUAUUUGGAGGCCAAGAUCGUCGAAAGGAAUGCUGCCGUCAAAGGCCUUCCAGAGGUGUCCUAUAUGAAGAGCAUGUUGAUAAGGAAGGAGAGUAGAACUAGUUCAGCAGCCGCAGCCGCAGCAGAAGCAGAAACAGAAGCAGAAGCCAAGACAGACGAUACUCCAAAAGAGACAUAUCAGUCAGUUGGCGACAAAGCAAAGAGUGAGCCGACUCUCGCAGGGUCAGAGGUCGACGAUAUCCAAAAAAGGGGAAAGUCACUUGGAACUUUAGAAAAUAUGGCAGAUGCUUCUACUUCGCAAGUACUCGAAGAAACUGGUGCAGAUGAAUCAGGACGAGAAACUCCAGCAGAGGUGAAAGCAGUUGUUGAUGGUGCACUCCAAUCUGCUGAAAAACCGUCUGAAACACAAACAACAAAUGGUGCUGUAGAGAAACAAGAUAGUGAAACAGAGAAAUUAGUACACCAAGAGGCUGUGAAUCCUGUUGAGUCAGCGAUAGAAUCAAAGGUUGAAGCCCCUGUAGAAAAUGCAAACGAAUCAACUGAGCCAACUGCACCGACUGCACCAACUGAAAAUGGUACAUCGCCAGACGUAAUAGUUUCACAACCAAUGGAACCGCCCUCUACACAGUCUGAUGUAUAUAUAAAAAAAGCUGAAGAGGGGGUACCUAAAGAAUCGGAAAAACAGGAGCCUUCACCUCAAGAACCUGCAAAAGAGGAGUCUGCACCAACAGAACCCGUCCCAGAAACUGCACCUGCAGAACCUGCCGUAGAAGAGCCUGCACCUGCAGAGCCUGCACCUGCAGAGCCUGCACCUGCAGAACCUGCUACAGAAGAGCCUGAGCCUGCAGAACCUGCCACAGAGGAACCUGCACCAGCAGAACCUGCCAUAGAAGAGCCUGCACCUGCAGAACCGGCCAAAGAAGAGGCUGCACAUGCAGAACCCGCUAAAGAAGAGGCUGCACCUGCAGAACCCGCCAUAGAAGAGGCUGCACCUGCAGAACCCGCCAAAGAAGAGGCCGCACCCGCAGAACCCGCCAAAGAAGAGGCUGCAUCUGCAGGACCCGCCAAAGAAGAGGCUGCACCUGCUGAACCCGCCAAAGAAGAGGCUGCACCUGCAGAAUCAUCCAAAGAAGAGACUGCACCUGCAGAGCCUGCAUCUACAGAACCUGCUAUAGAAGAGCCUGCGCCUGCAGAACAUGCCACAGAAGAGCCUGCACCUGCAGAACCUGCGAAAGAAGAGUCUGCACUUACAGAAUCAUCCAAAGAAGAGCCUGCACCUGUAGAGGUUGCAAAUGAAGAGCCAAAGCCUUCAGAACCUGCAUCAGAGGAAUCUGCUCCUGCAGACCCUACAAAAGAAGACCCUUCGCCGGCAGAGACUACAUCAGAUGAACCAGCAUCUGAGCCUUCUGCAGAGGAUACUGGGCCGGCAGCGGAGGCUGAAGCAGAAACACAGGCAGAAGCAGAACCUUCUCCACAGACAUUUCUUGCAAAAGGUGAAGAUACUGCAUCCACUGAGACACCAGCGGGUUCCGAAGAAGAAAAAGUUCAAAGCGAUGAAAAUGCUACUUCGGCAACUGAGGCAGCACCCACGGAGGUAGAAGUAGCUAAGGUUGAAGAAAAAGAACAACCCGCAGAAGCGUCAACACAAGAACAGACAUCGGAAGAAAUACCUUCUGAAUCACAACCAUCUCCUGAUGCUACCUCUACAGAGGAACCAGUGGCCGAAGCUCAAGCGGAAGAGACGCCUGUUUCUGAUAAAGCAGAGUCAGAACAAGCAGAAACCCCAUCUGCAUCAUUGGAAGAAACACCACAACAACAAACUACUGAAACUCCUACUGAACCCGCAUCAGAAACACAACCUGAACCAGCUGAAGAAGCAAAAGCUGAAACUGAGCCUGAGGCACCGAUUGAGGCUCCAGCCGAAUCCCAGCCCACGCCAGCAAGUGAACAAGCAGCGGAAACUCCUUCUGAACAAACAUCAGAGUCUGUCCCUGAACCAGCUGCUGAACCACAGCCGGAGUUAGCCACUGAACAAACAGAAGAAAAAGCAGCUGAACAACCAGUCGAGGCUGCUUCUGAACCAGCUGCCGAAACACAGUCUGAGCCAGCCAGUGAAACAGUAGCAGAAACUCAAGCUGAAAAGCCGGCAGAAUCUGCUCCGGAACCAGCUCCCGAAUCACAGGCAGAAUCAGCCUCUGAACCAGCUGCCGAACCACAAUCAGAGUCAGCCACUGCACCAGCUGAACAAGCAGCCGAGUCUGUACCUGAACCAGCUGAAAAACCAGCCGAGGCUGCACCAGAACCAGCAUCGGAAACGCAAACUGAACAAGAACAGAAACCUGAGGAAUCCAAAGCAGAAACGCCCAAACAAGACGCCAAAUCUUCGGCGGCACCGGAACACGCAUCGGAGGAAGCCUCUUCCUAAGACUAUAUUCCAUUCUUUUUGAAAUUUGAUUAAUUUCGACAGGAACAAAAUGUUCCAUCCUUUCCAAUCAUAGUCUGUGAUGUUCCAAUAUUUUCAUGUCAAUCAAGAUUCGUCAUAUUUCGAUAUGUUUUAUGUGUAUACUUGUAAAUAAGUUGUUCCGUGUAGGAGUUAAUAUAAGAAAAAAACUAUAUCACUUUUGAACUAGUCAACCGUAGGUUUCCUAACAAACUUUUUCACAAAGGACAUGCAACAGUUUAUGACAACGAGCUUUGCCGUUUUAGCUAUUAGAACGGAACGCGGAUGCAAGUUGUGAUAUAGUUUUUGUAACUGAUUAAAUCUCGGCAUUAUUUUUAA